UCCCCAAAAGAAAAACUGCACACAUCCCGAAACAUUUGUUCCCCUUCCUCUCUUUCUAAUCUCUAUUUAGAGUGGAGAGAAAAUCCCAAUUUAAGCUUCAGGUGAACAACAAAAUCCGAUAAUUUUCCAUUUUAUGAGGGCAGUGUGAGAUAGUAGAGGUAAAUAUAGAGAACAAGAUGAUGCUGUUGAUGGGCUUGAGCUUGCAGAGCAUACUGGAUCUGGCGAUAGCAGGGUUUUCUCUGAUGAUUGGUUUCGGCAUUUUCGGAUUCAUCGCUUCCUUUCUUUGCUCCGCUGCUUUCAUCGAAAACGCCAAGGACGUUUCUUGAUCCCAAUUUUCCCAGGCACGAUCUCUGUUUCUUCCUCGGAAUUCAACAUCUGAUCAUCUUGGUUGCUUAAUCUGGUUAAUUAGUUUAUCGUUAGGGCUUUUGGGGGGGGGGGGGGGGGUGCUCUUU